AUGUCAGACUCGUUAGCUGGAAAACUUGUUUCGUUCAAGUGGUUCCCCGAUCUCAACACCUUUAAUGUCCCUGAUUUCAAUAAGCCAAUUCCUGCAUGGCCUUUUAGCUUUCAAAAUGAGUUUUUGAAGGAGACCAUCUAUCCGUUAUCCUUGAACGGUUAUACCCCUAUUAUCAUUGCAACUGUCUACUUUUGCUCGGUCCAUCUUAUCAAUGGGAAGAUCCAACAGAGACAAAUUGAUCAUUUCAAAAAGACCAAUCCAAAGGAACCUUUACCGAAAAAUCUCAAGAAAUUAAAGGCGGUUCCAUUUGCUAUAUCUAAGACGAGACUUUUCAAAGUUUUUGUCUUGUUACAUAAUAUCUUUUUGUGUCUUUAUUCUGUCUGGACGUUUAUUGGUAUGACUUCCACUAUUCACCAUUUGUCCAAUCAAAUCAUUCCCCUCUUUUUCUCUGAAAUCAAACCUUCUCCAUUGUCAAAAUUCGAAUCAUUUUGGCAAUCGAUUUGCAAUUCCAAUGAUGAAAAAUAUAACUUAUGGAUGAAUAUCAGUGAUCCAAAACUUAAAGGCUUGACAUUUUGGGCUUAUUUGUUCUACCUGUCAAAAUAUUACGAGAUUUUGGACACAGUUAUCAUUCUCUUAAAGGGGAAACCUUCGUCUUUAUUACAAAGUUAUCAUCAUUCCGGUGCUAUUCUUUGUAUGUGGUCUGGUACUAGGUACAUGUCACCACCAAUUUGGAUUUUUGUGGUUUUCAACUCCUUCAUUCAUUCGUUGAUGUACUUUUAUUUCUCAUUGUCCUGUAUCAAUAUUAGAUUACCAAAAUGGUUCAAACAAACCCUAACUUCUCUACAAAUCACCCAAUUCGUUGUCGGAGGCUCAUUGGCAUUAGUUCAUUUGUUUGUCAGAUAUUACAAUAAUGUCACAGGAACCUUCCAAAGUUGUAUCUCAAACCCGGAGGAAGCAAUGGCUGUCUACGUCAAUGUCGUCUAUUUAACUCCUCUAACGCUCUUGUUUGGAGCAUUCUAUGUGGAUUCUUACAGAAAGAAAUCCACGUCUUCGGCGAAGAAGAAUAACUAA